UUUGGCGGGUGAAUUGGGUUUGAAAUGGCUGGAACGCAGCUGGUGCUGGGACUGGAAUCCUUCAAACUGCGGCAGAUUAGUACAGCAUGGGUAGAUACAGUAUGGGAGUUGGAUUUUACAGAGACUGAACCAUUAGAUUCACGUUUGGAAUCAGAGAUCACAGAAAAUGGAAUUGAAAUAUUCUCCCAACUUUACAAGAGACUUUUUAAGUUCAUUGACCAGCACCAGCCAGCAGAGACAUUGGGUGAUAUUUGGACAGUCUUUACAGAGAAUAAUCUCUCCCACAAUGCCCUCAUUGCUGUCUUGCAUCAUUUUAUCUGCAUGGUCCAGAGUAAGAGAGCUGAUGUCAUCCAACGAGAAUAUGCCUUGCAUGCAGCUGGACUUUAUUUCCUGCUCCUCGAAAUCCCAGGAAGUGUAGCCAACCGUAUCUUUCACCCAGUACUUUUUGACAAAUGCCUGGACACUAUUAAAAAGAGCUGGCCUGUAACAGAAGAAGGGAAUAGAAAGCGGAAGAAAGAUACCCAAUUGAAGAGUUCUCAGGAUGGGGUGAAAGGAAGAAAGCGAGCCAAGCCAGUCAGACAGAAAAAUAAUGAGGAUAUAUUUGAGGAGGAGGAUGAUGAGGAAGAUGCCGAUGUUUAUUUUUCCACACAUGAUCUCUGCCGUAUCAGGGAUGAUAUUUUGUCUCUGCUGAAAAAUAUCCUGCGACUGCUGUCCAAAUUCUUCUUGAAAGAAAAAUCUGAUUGUGCUCAACACUGUCUGCAGCUAUUUGCUGAACUGACCAACUUUGAGACUGUAAUUGGAGUAUUAGACUUUUCCGAUUCUAUAAAUAUUGAAAGGAUGAAGACUUUGCCAGAAUUGGCUUAUUAUGGACUUAAAUUACUGUGCUCCCCUAACCAUGGUGAUGUUAAAAAGACACUCCGCUGGCUCUUCCAAAGACUAUUGAAUACAAUUUUAUUGGUAGGAGGAGGAGGUGGUUCCAAAUCUGGUGUACUUCUGGGAGUGGGACAGAAAGUUAUUGCUGCCAGAGAUCAAGCUAUUAGAUUUGUCAGUUACAUUGUGGAUCAGAUGGAAGACACUGCGUUACCUGUACUUCGAGUUUUGCUGCAGCACAUCUGCACUAAGGUACCAGAUAAAGCGGAAUAUCGUACCCAUGGUGCCCAGGCCCUUGUGAAAUUGCUGACAAGACUUCCUUCUGUGGACUUUGUUGCUUUCUUAGAUUGGUUGCACAAAUACUCACAAAACAGCAAGGUAGCUUACAGAAACUUUACAUUAGAUGUGGUAAUGGCAUUACUGGACCUUCCUGAGAGGGAACAAGAUAGCUCCAUUCCUCCAGAGCAUCAGAAGUAUCUCUAUCACAAAUACUGGAUUCAGUUUGUAAUCUUGGGUAGAUGCUCUGAUAAGGCUCCCUCAGUCCGAAGCAGAGCACUCGCUUGUCUUGCACAGUGCCUAGAGUUGAAUUCUUUAACAGCUGUGGAGUAUGUUCAGGAAAUAUUGCUAGGAAUUGGAGGAAGAUCAAUGUUUCAUGGGCAGUCAGAUGGAGAACUGAACAGUCCGGAGAAUACGGUGAAGGUGGAUGCUGAAGCCACUACUAACCAAUGCAAGGACACACUAAAAAGCAUUGAAGUCACAGACCCUGGGGAUUCCACAUUCACUAAUGUGAAAGAAAUUAUGACCAUGUUGAGGUUGAGAGCUGGUGAUGAGAGAACCGUUGUCAGAAAAUCAGCUAUUCAGGUGUUUGUCAGCAUUUUAAAACACAAUAUUGCCAUCUGUACCCAAGAAGACUUAUCAACGUUACAGGACCAUUGUCGAGAUCCUGCCUCAUCUGUUCGCAAGCAGGCAUUGCAGUCAAUCACUGAUCUUCUGUUGGCUCAACCCUGUAAUUCAGUGCUGCAAAAGGCUUGGAUGAAUGGAGUAAUCCCUAUUGUAAUUGACUCUGAGAGUUCUGUACAGGAAAAAGCACUGGAGUGUCUGAAUCAAGUGAUAAUACAACAAAUCAAGGACUACAGACAGUUCAGUGAUGAAGACAAAUAUCAAAAAUUGUCCUGGGAUGUUUUGACAUUUCUCGCCCUAGAGUGUCAAGAACUUUGUCGUUAUCUCCCCAAAGCUUUCCUUUUGUGGUCCCGUCAAAAUAUAUUCAAUUCGACAUUCGUGAAGAGCCUUAUAUCUCAUACUGAGACUGAGCAUGCUCCUGCUGCCUGGAUGCUACUUUCAAAAAUUGCAGGAUCUUCCCCGAAGUUAAAUUAUGGGAAGAUUAUAAUCUCUUGGGAUAAUGUUUACAGGUCAAAGAAUAUAGACAACAGCACAAGUCACAUUCUGAGUGUCAUAGGAAACAUUGCCCAGCAUUUGUCUGAGGCAACGAGGUCUAAGUUGAUAGAUGAGGUCCAGAAUUGGAUAAAUGCAUUUUGCUCUCCUCCAGAAAUCAUUAGCGCCGCAGUUGAAGCCUUGUACAAGCUCUGUCAGGCCCAGUGUGAGACACCUGAGGGCACACAGGCCCUGCUGGAUCAGGUGUGUGGAAAACUGACCUUGGCAUGCGAGUCUUACAUCUCUAAUAUUGUUCUCCAAGAUGGUGAAGCUGUAUUUGCGGAUGAAAAUACAUUGGUGAAGCAUCUUUUUACACUUGGUGAAGUAGCACAGCUGUGCCCUGGAAAAGUUGAGAAGCGCAUCUUCAUGCUGGUUCAGUCAUUUCUUGCUACCCCUACCAGCUUAGGCCCUGAUAGUGACGAUAUCCCAGCUUCACAGCCCCUCUCUCAGUUUUCAGGAUCUGCUGCUAUGCCUUCUGUUAUUCGAGCACAUGCAUUUUUCACUCUGGGAAAAUUGUGCCUACAACAUGAAGACCUAGCAAAGAAAUGCAUCGCGGCCCUUGCACGCGAGUUAGAGGUGUGCGAAAAUGUAGCAGUUCGCAAUAAUGUUAUCAUCAUCAUGUGUGACCUCUGUAUGCGAUACACUUCUAUGGUAGAUCGGUACAUUCCUAACAUUGCUGUUUGCUUAAAGGAUGAUGACCCCUUUAUUCGCAAGCAGACUCUGGUCAUGCUGACCAAUUUACUCCAGGAAGAGUUUAUAAAAUGGAAGGGCUCCCUUUUUUUUAGAUUUGUGAGUGUUCUGGUGGAUUCAGAUGAAAGUAUUCAGAGAUUUGCACAGUUCUGUUUAGUCCACCUGCUCUUGAAAAGAAACCCAGUUAUGUUCUCUCAACAUUUUAUUGAAUGCAUUUUGCACUUCAAUGGUUAUGAAAAACAUGAAAAAUAUAACAAAUUUCCUCAAACUGAACGGGAGAAGAAACUGUUUUCCUUGAGAGGGAAUAGAAACAGAGAGAAGCGAAUGACCAUUUACAAGUUUCUGUUGAAACAUUUCACAGAUGAGCAACGCUUCAGCAUUACUAAUAAGAUUGCUCAAAAUAUUCUAGCCUGUUUCGUUGAUGACGUGCUUCCUUUGGAUAUGGAGGCGAAUGAGUUACUGUCGGAUACUUUUGUGGUGAUGAGUUGCAAGGAGAUCAAGCUCUCCUCUAUGGUAACAAAAACUGGUGACGAAGCCCAGGCGGAUGAUGAAAUGGCCCUGGCUAAUGCAGUUAUGCAAGCAGCACAGAAAAAACUCAUAUCUCAGGUACAAAAGAAGAAUUUUGUAGAAAACAUCAUCCCAAUUGUAACAUCCUUAAAGAACCAACUGGAACAGAAGCACAUCCCAGCACUGAAGGAUCUCAUGCAUUACUUGCGCGAAGUGAUGCAGGAUUAUCGAAAUGAGGUCAAGGACUUCUUUGCUGCUGAUAAACAGCUGGCAGCUGAGUUGGAGUACGAUCUGAAAAAAUAUGAAGAGGAGCUCAUUAGUGAGGAAGUGGAAGGACAGAAUCUGUCAACAGCAUUGGAAGUGGCAAACCCGACAGGCACAUCUGCAUUAUCACCCAGAGUUUCACCUGCAGUGGUGUCUGGUGCAAAAGUUGGAAGCGAAGCACAUUCUCCUGCUGGUACAAAAACAGCCCAAACUGCAACAGAAUUGCAGAAGACCCCCACUUUGGCUUCAUGUGGUUUUAUUACUCCAAAAACUGGAAUUCUGAAACUGAGAACAUCUAAAUUCACCAAACAUAGAUCGAUGUCACUGAGUUCAAUGGCCAUUCUGAAUUCUGCAAAGAAGGCAGUAGAAUUAGGCAAAAGGCGCAACAGCAGCACUGGGCGGAUGCCAUUGUCUUUCAAUGGAAAGAGUAAUGCAAUACAAAGACUGGCUACUGGGCAUGGAAGUGCUGAAGAUUCAUUCCAGGGCUUGGGAGAGCGUACAAGAUCAGAAGCUUCAUCUGCUAAUGCUUCUGUAGUUGAACGAGCUAUCAGUACUCCUGACCGAACAAUUGAUAAUGUGACCUUCGGUGCAGGAGUCAGUUACAUCAGUAUAACACAAACACCAACAUCUGAAAAGAAUAAAGAACAUUCACAGGAAGAGCAGAAAAACAUGCUGUGCCUAUUGUCUCCAGAUAAACCCACCAGCGAGACUAGCAGUAAUGAAAAAUCACAAAGUUCCUCACCCGCGCCAGUGGAAUGUGGAAUCACCGGUUAUCAGGAAAGGAAACCAAACCCAAGGCAGAACAAGAUCUGCGAGAAAAUGUCCCUUAAGACCUUCAAACUGAAGUUUGCAAUUUGUAUUGUACAGUUGUGCUUUGAGAAUUUGUAUGCUCUCUUCCAGCUUUCUUGCUAAGAAUUGCUUCAAGAUAAAGUAUUUUAGGAUGGAUUACUUCUGUACAUUUUUUGGGGGAGUAAGCAGAGAACUGAAGACUGCAACUAGUUGUGACUAAUUUCAUGGUUAUUGUUCAGUUCUGUGGAAAGUCUUAAUUCUAACCAGCAUCAGUGGUCCUACUGUUCUGGCUUGGAGACUUGCUGCUGAAUACAUUGGAUUCUUAAUUGAGGCUGCCACACAAUAUAAGAGGAACUCAAACUGAGCUGAAAUACAAUAACAUGUUAUCUUACUAGGUACACAUUGUUUAUACACCACUUUUGGAGCAUUAAGGUACACUAACAAAACUGGGUACUGCUUUGACUCUAAGCAUACAAUAAUCUGUAUCUGGAAGCUGGGAUUGGGCAAUUGAUUGUAAAAAUACAUCAGCUCCAAAUUUGUCAUACUUUCAGAAGUAGGGGUUGUCACAAGGAAAAAUAUGUAAAAUACCUGAAUUGAUGCAUGACAAACAAUCAAUGAGCAAUCUGUUGCACAUUGGGUUUGCUAAAUGAGCAAGACUGAGGCUGAAUUAAUUUCCUCUAAUUAAUUUAGCAAUUAACAUUGUAAAUCUCAUUUUUGCUCCUUUUCAAACUGUACCUGAUCAUGAGUCUGUUCCUGUCUGAUUAAUGCCUAUUCAAUUGUAUACAAAUAUUACAAGCAGUAACUGACAUAAGCCAUCCUGGUUUUGUUUUCAUUGCUCAUGAUUCACAAUUCCUCAGUUACGAUUUUGCAUCACUUAAACAGGGAAAGCCUCACUUCCAAAACAUCAAUACAUAAAUAAUUGACUAGUAUCUAAAUUAUUGCCUGACCUUAAGCCACUUGGUGGUGCUGUGUACUGCAUAGUGGUUGGAAUUAGUUACCAUACUUGAAUCAACUAUGUUUAUUACAGAGCCACUCUGGAUAUAAUGCUUGAAUUUUAUACAACAAUGAAACUUAGUGUGAAGCAAAAUUUCUAAGGGCAAUUUUCUAUUGGGGUCCAAAGAAUAUGCAAAAUUACUGGUAGGUUGACAGAUGGUUCACUUGAAUCAGACAAAGUAGUGGCUUGACAGAUGGCUGCAAGGGAGGGUAAAAUUUGUUGUUCGCUAUCCCAUAACCCUUUCUUGUUAAGUGCAUGUAGGUUGAGUGAACAACACAAUGCUCAUGCUCGUAUAUGAAGAGUGGUUAAGGGCAACCAGUAUCUGUAGAACUGUAUUAGAAAAAGCCUCAAUUUCUCAUUUGGAUGAGCGGGGUACAGUAAACUUCCCCUUUUCAUUUCAGCAAUAAAGUGGAAACUACUGAUGAACGUGACAAAUACUCAGUAUAUAGUCUGUGUCAUCAGUGGGCUUGAAGGUAGACUUGAUUGGUGGUAAAAUUAAUUCAAUUUGAGAAUGAAUAUUUUUAAUGUAUAAAAGGAAUUGAGACUAAAUUAAUACUGCUUUAAAUAAUUACAAAAUGCUUAGCUAAAGACAAGCUUCUCAGCAAAGCUAGAUUUUUACCGAGAACAAAGUUGGAUUAGGAACAGAAUUAAGAAUUAGUUAGGCUACAGCUGUAAUCAAAGUAACAGAUGUUUCAAUGAAUUAUGAAAUCAAUCCAACAUCAAGAAAAGUAAUAUUUUAUUAAUUUUGAACACAUUAAAAUGUAUUGUUAGUCAUA